GUCAGGAACCUUUGCAAUGGAUGACAGAGCAGACUCUCUGAUGACUGUGCAUCUUCUCACCAAUUUGGGACGCUCCUCGCUUCUGCAGCAAACUCUGGAUCGGCUUUUGGAGUGGAUCUGCCCAGACGUUCGACUUUUCCUGGUGUCUGAGCGAGUUACUCCAUUGAAAUACUACGAGAGAUACUGUAAGAGAAGCUGCGGCUUUCCCGGAAUAUCUGUUCUCCUUUUCCUACACGAGGACCUGGGAGAAGAACGGAUUUUCCAGGUCCAUGAGCUCUUCCAGCAUCCACCCUGGCGCUACCAGUGUGCCCAGAUUGCUGACAGGCGAAGCCACAGCUAUGCCCCAGCUCACCAGGACUUCUAUGGCCUGGACGACCAGAUGCCCGUGUGGGGCAUCAGACGGGUGCACUGUGGCCCCGAAAUCCUGCGUGUCACCCUCUACUGCAGUUUCGAUAACUAUGAGGAUGCAGUGAGACUCUACGAGAUGAUCCUACAGAAAGAAGCAACUAUGCAGAAAAGUAACUUCUGUGUCUUCGUGCUGUACGCAACCCGAAAUAUUGCCGUGCAGCUCUGCUUGAAGCAGCUGCCCAUCGGGGUGGCUGCCGAGCCGAAGGAGGCAUCAGCCUUGCAGUUCAGGGUGCAAGAAAUUGGGCAGCUGGUGCCUCUCCUGCCUAACCCAUGCAUUCCUAUCAGUAGCACCAGGUGGCAAACGCAAGACUACGAAGGAAAUACAAUUCUGCUUCAGGUUCAAGACAGCUCCAAGCCCCGUGAAGCAAAUGUUGGGCUUUUCCAUCAGCAUAAUACAGGCAAUGAAAAAAUCCUGCAGAACUCUGUCCAAGCCCCUCUCCCUGUAAAGCAGGGUAAUCCUGGGUGGAGAAGCCAGGAGAUCAGAUCAACAAAGGGUAAAACAAAAUCUGACCGAAGUGAAGCCCUUACUCCUGAGCAAGCCAGGGGUGACCUCCACAGGUACUUGUCUUCUCACAGUGGCCCAGCAGCCCCGUCGUGGUGGGAUGCCACCUCCCUCCGCAGACGGGCGAGCAGCAAGCUGCGGGCUUCUCUCCAGGAAAGAGAUGUUCGUCGGCAGGCAGCGGAGACCAAUGUCGACACUGGGCUCGCUGUGGCGAAUGCUGCGAGCAGCCGCUGCCCACUGAACUGCUUCUCCAGGGACCUGCGGAGCAGCCUCCUCCAGCCGCGAGCACCCACAGAUGGGGCCAGCAAUGCCGUGCCCUCCCAGGACAGGACCCAGCUGCCAUUCGCUGCAGCCAAGAGGAGUAAAGGAGCAGGGCAAAGAGCUGUGGGCUUCCACUCACAAACACCACGGGCCAGCCCUGCAAGCGGGACAGAGGAGGAGGAGGAGGAGUUUUUUAUAUGACUGAAAACAAAUGUGUCAGAUGGACUCAUUUCCAAAUGACAGCACAGCGGCUUUUUGUGUAUUGUGCCUUCUCGUGCUGUGGCCACUGACGCUUGCUUGCCAUGGAGCGAUGCUGAGGAGACUGAGGGCAAAGCAGGAAAAAUAACACUGUAUUUACAGAAAGUUUUAUUUUUUUAAUGCAGAAUAGAUUGGAGGAUUAUUGUGCCAUGCAUAGGAAUAAGCCAUAUGACUCCUAGAACUGUUCCGAGAUCUUAAAAAUAAUAGCCAGUGACAUGUUCAGAUGGGGUUAGAAAGUGGA